GGAGAGCAGUGCUGUGGGGCUCAGCAUGUCCCGACCUCGCCGCAGCUCGGACGAGGCUCCGGCCGUGGCCACCAGAACGGGCUCUGAGGACAACCUGUACCUGGCCGUGCUGCGGGCGGCCGAGGGCCGCAAAGAUGAGCGAGAUCGUGUCCAGAAGAAAACCUUCACCAAAUGGGUCAACAAGCACCUUAUCAAGGUACGGCGCCAUGUCAACGACCUGUACGAGGACCUGCGGGACGGGCACAACCUCAUCUCGCUGCUGGAGGUGCUGUCGGGUGACACCUUGCCCCGGGAGAAGGGCCGGAUGCGCUUCCACAAGCUGCAGAAUGUCCAGAUUGCCCUCAACUACCUGAAGCAUCGGCAGGUGAAGCUGGUGAACAUCCGGAACGAUGACAUCGCCGAUGGCAACCCCAAACUGACCCUGGGGCUCAUCUGGACCAUCAUCCUCCACUUCCAGAUCUCGGACAUCCAGGUGAGCGGGCAGUCGGAGGACAUGACGGCCAAGGAGAAGCUGCUGCUGUGGUCGCAGAGGAUGGUGGAGGAUUACCAGGGCCUGCGCUGUGACAACUUCACCACCAGCUGGAGGGACGGGCGGCUCUUCAAUGCCAUCAUCCACCGGCACAGGCCAAUGCUGAUCGACAUGAGCCGGGUUUACCGCCAGAGCAACCUGGAGAACCUGGACCAGGCUUUCACCGUGGCCGAGAGGGAUCUGGGGGUCACCCGGCUGCUGGACCCCGAAGACGUGGACGUGGCGCAGCCGGAUGAGAAAUCCAUCAUCACCUACGUGUCCUCGCUGUACGACGCCAUGCCGCGCGUGCCCGAGGUGCAGGACGGCGUCAAGGCCAACGAGCUGCAGCUGCGCUGGCAGGAGUAUUACGAGGUGGUGACGGGGCUGCUGCAGUGGAGCCGCCAGCACUCGGCGCUCUUCGAGGAGCGGCGCCUCCCGGCCAGCUACGAGGAGAUCGAGAUCCUCUGGCGCCAGUUCCUCAAGUUCAAGGAGACGGAGCUGCCGGCUCGGGAGGCCGACAAGAACCGCUCCAAAUCCAUCUUCCAGGCGCUGGAGGGCGCGGUGCAGUCCGGACAGCUGAAGGUGCCCCCCGGGUACCACCCUCUGGACGUGGAGAAGGAGUGGGGGCGGCUGCACGUGGCCGUGCUGGAGAGGGAGAAGCUGCUGCGGGCAGAGUUCGAGAGGCGAGUUGGGGGGGGCCGGGGGGGGGCUGGGCAGGGCCGGGCUGGCAUCCACACCCCCCUCCUGCUGCCAAACCGCGGGGCUGGGCCGGGGUGGGGUGUCCUGGCCCCCCCCGAGGGGGAACCACAGGGCUGUGAGUCACGGAUCCUGCUGAGAAACCUCGGCACGGAACGGGUGCAGGUGUGGGCACCCGUACCUGUCCAGGUGCCCUCGGUGCCAGCCCCGAUGCCCCCCUCGCCCCCCCAGGCGUUCCUGGCCGCGCUGCAGACGCAGUGGAGCUGGAUGCUGCAGCUCUGCUGCUGCAUCGAGACUCACCUGAAGGAGAACACCAACUACUUCCAGUUCUUCGCCGAGGUGCGCGAGGCUGAGGAGCUGCUGCGCAAGACGGAGGAGUCGAUGCGGCGCAAAUUCAGCUGCGACCGCGGCACCACGGCCACGCGCCUGGAAGACCUGCUGCAGGACCUGGCGGAGCAGAAGGAGCAGCUGGCAGAGCUGGGGGCGCAGCUGGGGGGGCUCUCCCGCCGUGCCAGGACCAUCGUGCAGCUCAAACCCCGCAGCCCCUCGACCCCCCUGCAGGGCCGGCCCCAAAUCCAGGCGGUUUGUGACUACAAACAGAUGGAGACAGGGAUCCCUUGCCUGCAGCAAACACACCUGGAGCUGGAGGGCAUCCAGAAGGACCUGGACAAGGUCAGUGAGAAGACGGAGCAGGUGCUGGCACAGCCCGAGCAGCCGAGCUCGGCGCCCGUGCUGCGCUCCGAGCUGGAGGUGACGCUGCGCAAGAUGGAGCAGGUGUACAGCCUGUCCAGCAUCUACCUGGAGAAGCUCAAGACCAUCGGGCUGGUGAUCCGCAGCACUCAGGGGGCCGAGGAGCUGCUCCGCAAGUACGAGCAGCAGCUGAAGGACGUGCAGGCGGUGCCGGCUGACCUGGCCGAGCUGGAGGCCAGCAAGGCUGAGCUCAAGCGGCUGCGGGCGGAGGCCGAGAGCCACCAGCCCUUCUUCAGCACGCUGGAGACCGACCUCGGCAAGGCCAAGGACGUCAACGAGCGCAUGGUGCGCGGGCACAGCGAGCGCGACGUGGACCUGGAGCGUUACCGGGAGCGGGUCCAGCAGCUGCUGGAGCGCUGGCACGCCGUGCUGGGCCAGGCCGACCUGCGCCAGCGCGAGCUGGACCAGCUGGGCCGCCAGCUGGGCUACUACCGGCAGAGCUGCGACGCCCUGCGCCAGUGGAUCCGCGACGCCCGGCAGCGCCAGGAGGGAAUCCAGGCCGUGCCCAUCACCGACAGCCGGGCUGUGAGGGAGCAGCUGCUGCAGGAGAAGAAACUGCUGGAGGAGUGUGAGCAGCACAAGGACAAGGUGGAGGAGUGCCAGCGCUACGCCAAGCAGUACAUCGACGCCAUCAAGGACUACGAGCUGCAGCUCGUCAGCUUCAAGGCACAGGUGGAGCCCAUGGCGUCGCCGGCCAAGAAGCCCAAAGUGCAGUCGGCAUCAGACAGCAUCAUCCAGGAGUACGUGGACCUGCGGACGCAGUUCAGUGAGCUGACCACGCUCACCACCCAGUACAUCAAGUUCAUCACCGAGACGCUGCGGCGGCUGGAGGACGAGGAGAAAGCCGCCGAGAAGCUGAAAGAGGAGGAGAGGAAGCGGCUGGCGGAGGUGGAGGCGCAGCUGGAGAAGCAGCGGCAGCUGGCCGAGGCCCACGCCAAAGCCAAGGCGCAGGCAGAGGCGGAGGCGCGGGAGCUGCAGCUCCGCAUGCAGGAGGAGGUCACCCGGCGGGAGGUGGUGGCCGUGGAUGCCGAGCAGCAGAAGCAGAACAUCCAGCAGGAGCUGAUGCAGCUGCGGCAGAACUCGGACCACCAGAUCAAGGCCAAGGUGAAGCUGAUCGAGGAGGCCGAGUACAACCGCAAGAAGGUGGAGGAGGAGAUCCGCCUCAUCCGCCUGCAGCUGGAGAGCACCGAGAAGCAGCGGGAGGGCGCCGAGACGGAGCUGCAGGAGCUGCGGGCGCGUGCCGAGGAGGCCGAGCGGCAGAAGCGGCAGGCGCAGGAGGAGGCCGAGCGCCUGCGCCGGCAGGUGAAGGAGGAGAGCCAGAAGAAGCGGGAGGCGGAGGAGGAGCUGAAGCGCAAGGUGCAGGCCGAGCGCGAAGCGGCGCGGGAGAAGCAGAAGGCGGUGGCAGACCUGGAGCAGCUGCGGCUGCAGGCGGAGGAGGCCGAGCGACGCAUGCGGCAGGCAGAGGCCGAGAAGGACCGGCAGAUCCAGGUGGCCCAGGAGGUGGCCCAGCGCAGCGCUGAGGCCGAGCUGCAGAGCAAGAGGCUCUCUUUCGCCGAGAAGACGGCGCAGCUGGAGCUGUCGCUGCAGCAGGAGCACGACGUGGUGGCCCAGCUGCAGGAGGAGGCCGAGCGGCUGAAGAGGCAGCAGCUGGAGGCCGAGCGCUCGCGGGAGGAGGCGGAGAAGGAGCUGGAGCGCUGGCGGCAGAAGGCCAACGAGGCGCUGCGCCUGCGGCUGCAGGCCGAAGAGGUGGCCCACAAGAAGUCGCUGGCGCAGGAGGAGGCCGAGAAGCAGAAGGAGGACGCGGAGCGCGAGGCCCGCAAGCGCGCCAAGGCAGAGGAGGCGGCCCUGCGGCAGAAGGAGCUGGCCGAGGAAGAGCUGGAGAAGCAGCGGGAGCUGGCAGAGGGCACGGCUCAGCAGAAGCUGGCGGCGGAGCAGGAGCUGAUCCGGCUGAAGGCGGAGAUGGAUAACGGGGAGCAGCAGCGCCUGCUCCUGGAGGAAGAGCUCUCGCGGUUGAAGGGGGAGGUAAACGAGGCCAUCCAGAGGAGGAAAGAGCUGGAGGAGGAGCUGGCCAAGCUGCGGGCAGAGAUGGAGGUGCUGCUGGAGAGCAAGGCCAAGACAGAGGAGGAGUCGCGCUCCAGCAGCGAGAAGUCCAAGCAGCGGCUGGAGGCGGAGGCCAACAAGCUGCGGGAGCUGGCCGAGGAGGCCGCCCGCCUGCGCGCCCUCUCCGAGGAGGCCAAGCGGCAGCGGCAGCUGGCAGAGGACGAGGCCAGCCGGCAACGGGCCGAGGCCGAGCGCAUCCUGAAGGAGAAGCUGGCGGCCAUCAACGAGGCCUCACGGCUGAAGGCGGAGGCGGAGAUCGCGCUGAAGGAGAAGGAGGCGGAGAACGAGCGGCUGCGGCGGCUGGCGGAGGACGAGGCCUACCAGCGCAAGCUGCUGGAGGAGCAGGCGGCCCAGCACAAGCAGGACAUCGAGGAGAAGAUCGCCCUGCUGAAGCGCUCCUCGGAGAGCGAGCUGGAGAGGCAGAAGGGCCUCGUGGAGGACACCCUGCGGCAGCGGCGCCAGGUGGAGGAGGAGAUCCGCGCCCUCAAGGCCAGCUUCGAGAGGGCCUCGGCUGGCAAGAGCGAGCUGGAGCGGGAGCUGAACCGCAUCCGCGGGGAGGCGGAGGAGGUGCAGCGCAGCCGGGAGCAGGCGGAGCAGGAGGCCGAGCGGCAGCGGGCGCUGGCGCUGGAGGAGGAGGGCCGGCGGCGCGAGGCCGAAGAGAAGGUGCAGGCCAUCCUGGCGGCCGAGGAGGAGGCCGCGCGGCAGCGGCGGCUGGCCCUGGAGGAGGUGGAGCGGCUGCGGGCCAUGGUGGAGGAGGCGCGGCGGCAGAAGGAGCUGGCGGAGAAGGAGUCGGAGCGGCAGAUCCAGCUGGCGCGGGAGGCGGCGCAGAAGCGGAUUGCGGCGGAGGAGAAGGCGCACCUGGCCGCCGUGCAGCAGAAGGAGCAGGAGCUGCUGCAGACGCGCCAGCAGGAGCAGAGCCUCCUGGACCGGCUGCGCGAGGAGGCCGAGCGGGCCCGGCGGGCGGCUGAGGAGGCCGAGUUUGCCCGGGGCAAGGCCGAGCAGGACGCCAGCUUGUCCCGGCAGCGCGUGGAGGAGGCUGAGCGGCUGAAGCAGCGGGCGGAGGAGGAGGCGCAGGCCAAGGCCCAGGCCCAGGCGGACGCAGAGAAGCUGCGGAAGGAGGCCGAGCUGGAGGCGGCGAAACGGGCGCAGGCGGAGCAGGCGGCCCUGCGGCAGAAGCAGCUGGCGGACGCCGAGAUGGAGAAGCACAAGAAGUUCGCCGAGCAGACGCUGCGGCAGAAGGCGCAGGUGGAGCAGGAGCUGACCAAGGUGAAGUUACAGCUGGAUGAGACAGACCACCAGAAGGGCAUCCUGGACGAGGAGCUGCAGCGGCUGAAGGAGGAGGUGACAGACGCCGUCCGGCAGAAGGCCCAAGUGGAGGAGGAGCUCUUCAAGGUGCGGGUGCAGAUGGAGGAGCUGGCCAAGCUGAAGAGCCGCAUCGAGGAGGAGAACAAGGCGCUGAUCCUCAAGGACAAGGACAACACGCAGAAGUUCCUGGCGGAGGAGGCAGAGAAGAUGAAGCAGGUGGCAGAGGAGGUGGCCCGGCUGAGCGUGGAGGCGCAGGAGGCCGCCCGCAUGCGGCAGCUGGCCGAGGACGACCUGGCGCAGCAGCGCGCGCUGGCCGAGAAGAUGCUGAAGGAGAAGAUGCAGGCGGUGCAGGAGGCCACGCGGCUGCGGGCGGAGGCUGAAAUGCUGCAGAAGCAGAAGGAUCUGGCGCAGGAACACGCCAAGAAGCUGCAGGAGGACAAGGAGCAGAUGCAGCAGCGCCUGGCUGAGGAGACCGAGGGCUUCCAGAAGACGCUGGAGGCCGAGCGCCGGCGGCAGCUGGACAUCACGGCUGAGGCCGAGCGCCUCAAGCUGCAGGUGGCCGAGAUGAGCAUGGCCCAGGCCAAGGCUGAGGAGGAAGCCAAGCGGUUCAAGAAGCAGGCGGAGGAGAUCAGUGAGAGGCUGCAUGAGACUGAGCUGGCCACGCAGGAGAAGAUGACGAUGGUGCACACCCUGGAGAUCCAGCGGCACCAGAGCGAUGAGGACGCGGAAAAGCUGCGCAAGGCCAUCGCCGACCUGGAGAAGGAGAAGGAGAAGCUGAAGCAGGAGGCGGCGCUGCUGCAGCAGAAGGCAGAGGAGAUGCAGGUGGCCCAGCAGGCUCAGCUCCGUCAGGAGACGCAGCUCCUCCAGCAGAGCUUCCUGACGGAGAAAGAUGCCCUGCUGCAGAAGGAGAAGUUCAUCGAGGAGGAGAAAUCGAAGCUGGAGAAGCUCUUUAAGGAUGAGGUGAACAAAGCCCAGAACCUGAAGGCAGAGCAGGAGCGGCAGCAGCAGGAGAUGGAGCGGGAGAAGCAGCAGUUGAAAGCUAUGUUAGACGAAGCCAAGAAGCACCAGAAGGAAGCUGAGGAAAACGUCCGGCACAAGCAGGAGGAGCUGCAGCAGCUGGAGAGGCAGCGACAGCAGCAGGAGAAACUUCUGGAAGAAGAGAACAAGAAGCUGAGGGAGAGGCUGGAGCAGAUGCAGGAGGAGUACAAGGCUGCCCUGGCCCAGAGACGGGAGAUCAUGAUCCAGACAGACGACCUGCCCGGGGAGGCGGUUACGACAACGCAGCUGCUGGACAUCAAGGCUGUGCCCAACGGCCGGGAUGCAGUGGACGGCUUAGCCCAGAACGGGGAGCCGGAGUUCGCCUUUGACGGCAUCCGGCAGAAGGUGUCAGCAGAGAAGCUGGCUGAUGCCGGCAUUCUGAGCAGGGAGAACUUGGACAAGUUGGCCAAGGGUGUUGUGAGCGUGGGCGAGCUCUCUCAGAGGGAGGAUGUCAAGAAGUACCUGCAGGGCAAGAGCAGCAUUGCCGGCCUGCUGAUCAAACCCUCCAACCAGAAGAUGAGCAUCUACGAGGCCAUGAAGAAGAAGCUGCUCAGCCCGGGCACGGCGCUGGUGCUCCUGGAGGCACAGGCUGCUUCUGGCUUCAUCAUUGACCCCGUGCGCAACGCGAGGCUCUCGGUGAACGAGGCGGUGCGGGAGGGAGUGAUCGGGCCGGAGCUGCACAACAAGAUGCUGUCGGCCGAGCGCGCCGUCACCGGCUAUAAGGACCCGUACACGGGUGACAAGAUCUCCCUGUUCCAGGCCAUGCAGAAGGAUCUCAUCGUCAGGGACCACGGCAUCCGCCUGCUCGAGGCCCAGAUCGCCACGGGCGGCAUCAUCGACCCCGUGCACAGCCACCGCCUGCCCGUGGAGGCCGCCUACAAGCGGGGCUACUUCGAUGAGGAGAUGAAUCAGGUCCUGUCCGACCCCACUGAUGACACCAAGGGCUUCUUCGACCCCAACACUCAGGAGAACCUGACCUACCUGCAGCUCAUGGAGCGGUGCGUGACUGACCCGGACACGGGGCUGUGCCUCCUGCCCCUCACUGACCAAGCAGCCAAAGCUGGAGAGCUGGUCUACACUGACAAGGAAGCCAAGGACGUCUUCAAGAAGGCCACAGUGACAGCGCCGUUCGGCAAGUUCCAAGGGAAGACGAUGACCAUCUGGGAGCUCAUCAACUCUGAAUACUUCACCGAGGACCAAAGGCGGGACCUGAUCCAGCAGUACAGGACUGGCAAGAUCACGGUGGAGAAGAUCAUCAGGAUCGUCAUCACGGUUGUGGAGGAAAGCGAGAAAAAGAGCCAGAUGUGCUUUGAGGGCCUGCGGGGCCCCGUGCCCGCUGCCGAGCUGCUCGACAGCAAGAUCAUCAACAAGGACCUCUACAACCAGCUGCACCAGGGCAAGAAAUCCGUAAAGGACGUGGCAGAGAUGGAGUCCGUGCGGCAGUACCUGAAGGGCACGGAUGCCAUCGCCGGCGUCCUGGUGGAGUCUACGGGCCAGAAGCUCAGCUUCUACGAGGCCCUGAAGAGAAGCCUGCUGAAGCCAGAGGUUGCCCUGUCCCUGCUGGAGGCACAAGCUGCCACCGGCUACAUCAUCGACCCUGUGGGUAACAAGCUCUUCUCUGUGGAUGAGGCAGUGAAGGCCGAGGUGGUGGGGCCAGAGUUCCACGAGAAGCUGCUGUCGGCAGAGAAGGCGGUGACUGGCUACAAGGAUCCCUACACAGGUCAGACGGUUUCCCUCUACCAAGCACUCCAGAAGGGGCUCAUCCCCACCGACACCGGGCUCCGGCUGCUGGACGUCCAGCUCGCCACUGGUGGCAUCAUCGACCCUGUCAACAGCCACCGGCUCCCGCUUGAGGUCGCCUACAAGCGCGGCUACUUCGACCCAGAGAUAAACCAGGCUCUGGCCGAGUUCCGAGACGAUGCCAAGGCUUUCUACUGCCCCAACACCCAGGAACACCUCGCCUAUGCCCAGCUGCAGAAGACUUGCCACCGUGACAAGCAGACUGGGCUGUGCCUGCUGCCCCUGUCCGACCAGGCGAUCCAGUCCCAGCAGGAGGAGGUCUACACCGACAGCCAGGCCAAGGAGUGCUUCGACAAAGCCACCAUAGAGGUCCCGGUGGGCAGCAUGAAGGGCCAGACAAUGACCAUCUGGGAACUGAUCCACUCCGAAUACUUCACCGAGGAGCACAGGCGGGAGCUGCUCCGGCAGUACAAGACCGGCAAAGUGACAAUCGAGAAGAUCAUCAAGAUUGUGAUCACCAUCAUCGAGGAGGCAGAGACCAAGAAGCAGGAGAAGCUGACGUUCAGUGGUCUGCGGGCACCGGUGCCAGCCAGCGAGCUGCUGGAGUCCUGCAUCAUCAGCAAAACGCAGUACGAGCAGCUGAAGGAAGGCAAGAAAUCGGUGAAGGACCUCUCCGAGACCGACGCGGUGAGGAGAUUCCUGCAUGGCAGCGACUGCAUUGCUGGUGUCUAUGUGGAGGCCACCAAGGAGAAGCUGAACAUCUACGAGGCCAUGAAGAGGAACCUGCUGAGGCCCAGCACUGCCGUGGUCCUCCUGGAGGCCCAGGCUGCCACUGGGUUCUUGAUCGACCCCGUGAAGAACCGCAAGCUGUACGUCAACGAGGCGGUGAAGGCUGGCAUCGUGGGGCCUGAGCUGCACGAGAAGCUGCUGUCGGCUGAGAAGGCUGUCACGGGGUACAAGGAUCCCUACUCGGGCGACACCAUCUCCCUGUUCCAGGCCAUGAAGAAAGGGCUGAUCGUCAGGGAGCACGGCAUCCGCCUGCUCGAGGCCCAGAUCGCCACGGGCGGCAUCAUCGACCCCGUGCACAGCCACCGCCUGCCCGUGGAGGUGGCCUACAAGCGGGGCUACUUCGAUGAGGAGAUGAACCGGACUCUCUCCGACCCCACUGAUGACACCAAGGGCUUCUUCGACCCCAACACUCAGGAGAACCUCACCUACGUGCAGCUGAAGGAGAGGUGCAUCGAGGAUCCCGAGACUGGCCUGUACCUGCUGCCUCUGCGGGAGCCUGAGAAGCCGAAGGUGGUGGAAACCACUCACGUGUACUCAGAGGCAGAGACGCGGAAGGUGUUUGAGGAGACACAGGUGGACAUCCCCGUGGGCAGCCGGGCAGGCUCCUCCAUGUCGCUGUGGGAGAUCAUGCACUCGGACCUGCUGCCCGAGGAGCAGCGUAAGCAUCUCAUGGAGGAGUUCCAGUCGGGCCGUGUGUCCAAGGAGCGCAUGAUCAUCAUCAUCAUCGAGAUCAUUGAGAAGACCGAGAUCAUCCGGCAGCAGAAUCUCACGUCCUAUGACUACAUCCGGCGCCGCAUCACAGCCGAGGACCUCUACGAGGCCAAGAUUAUCUCACAGGAGAUCUACAACCUGCUGAAGCAGGGCUCCAAGACCUUCCGGGAGCUGCUGGACGUGGAGACUGUCUGGAAGUACCUUUAUGGGUCGGGCUGCGUGGCUGGCAUCUACAUCCCGUCCUCCAAGCAGACGCUCAGUGUCUACCAGGCGCUGAAGAAGGGGCUGAUCAGCCCCGAGGUGGCCCGCUCCCUCCUGGAGGCCCAGGCAGCCACCGGCUUCAUGAUCGACCCCGUAAAGAAUGAAAUGCUGACGGUGGAUGAGGCAGUCAGGAAGGGCCUGGUGGGGCCGGAGAUCCACGACCGGCUGCUGUCGGCAGAGAGGGCUGUGACCGGCUACAGAGACCCAUACAGCGAGCAGAAGAUCUCCCUCUUCCAGGCCAUGAAGAAGGAUCUCAUUCCCAGCGAAGAGGCCCUCAAGCUCCUGGACGCCCAGAUCGCCACCGGUGGCGUAAUCGACCCUCACCUGGGCUUCCACCUGCCCCUGGAGGUGGCCUACCAGCGCGGCUUCAUCAACAAGGAGACGUACGACAUGCUGUCGGAGCCCAGCGAGGUGCGCAGCUACGUGGACCCCUCCACGGAUGAGAAGCUCAGCUACACGCAGCUGCUGAAGCGCUGCCGCAAGGACGAGAGCUCCAGGCUCCUCCUGCUCCCGCUCUGCGACACGCGGAAGCUCACCUUCCGGGGGCUGAGGAAGCAGAUCACCGUGGAGGAGCUGGUCCUUUCGCAGGUGAUGGAUGAAGCCACAGCCCAGCGCCUCCAGGAGGGCCUCACCUCUAUCGAGGAGGUCUCUCAGAACCUGAAGAAGUUCCUGGAGGGCACCAGCUGCAUCGCUGGCGUCUUCGUGGACUCCACCAAGGAGCGUCUGUCCAUCUACCAGGCCAUGAAGAAGGGCAUCAUCCGGCCCGGCACUGCCUUCGAGCUCCUGGAGGCGCAGGCGGCCACGGGCUACGUGAUUGACCCCAUCAAGGGCCUCAAGCUGACGGUGGAGGAAGCCGUGCGCAUGGGCAUCGUGGGCCCCGAGUUCAAGGACAAGCUGCUCUCUGCCGAGCGGGCCGUCACCGGCUACCGGGACCCCUACACCGGGAAGCUCAUCUCGCUCUUCCAGGCUAUGAAGAAGGGCCUGAUCCUGAAGGACCACGGGAUCCGCUUGCUGGAGGCCCAGAUCGCCACGGGAGGCAUCAUCGACCCCGAGGAGAGCCACCGCCUGCCCGUGGAGGUGGCCUACAAGAGGGGCCUCUUCGACGAGGAGAUGAACGAGAUCCUGCUGGACCCCAGCGACGACACCAAGGGCUUCUUCGACCCCAACACCGAGGAGAACCUCACCUACCUGCAGCUCAUGGAGCGGUGCAUCACGGACCCAGAGACUGGCCUCUGCCUCCUGCCUCUGAAGGAGAAGAAGCGGGAGAGGAAGACGUCGUCCAAAUCCUCCGUCCGCAAGCGCCGGGUGGUGAUCGUCGACCCGGAGACAGGCAAGGAGAUGUCCGUGUACGAAGCCUAUCGCAAGGGCCUCAUUGACCACCAGACUUACCUGGAGCUGUCAGAGCAGGAGUGCGAGUGGGAGGAGAUCACCACCUCCUCCUCCGACGGCGUGGUGAAGUCAAUGAUCAUCGACAGGCGCUCGGGGCGCCAGUACGACAUCGACGAUGCCAUUGGCAAGGGCCUGAUCGACCAGUCGGCCCUGGACCAGUACCGCUCGGGCACCCUCUCCAUCACCGAGUUUGCCGACAUGCUCUCUGGCAACAUGGGUGGCUUCCGGUCGCGGUCGUCCUCAGUUGGAUCCUCCUCGUCCUACACCGUCAGCCCAGCCCUGUCGCGGACCCAGAUCUCCAUGUGGACUGACCCGACCGAAGAGACCGGGCCGGUGGCCGGAAUCCUGGACACGGACACUCUGGAGAAGGUGUCCAUCACGGAGGCCAUGCGCCGCAACCUGGUGGACAACAUCACAGGGCAGCGGCUGCUGGAGGCCCAGGCCUGCACCGGCGGCAUCAUCGACCCCAACACCGGUGACAAAUGCACCGUCGCCGACGCGGUCGCCAAGGGCCUGGUCGACAAGAUCAUGGUGGACCGCAUCAACCUGGCGCAGAAAGCCUUCUACGGCUUCGAGGACCCGCGGACCAAGACGAAGAUGUCGGCGGCGCAGGCGCUGAAGAAGGGCUGGCUGUACUACGAGGCCGGGCAGCGGUUCCUGGAGGUGCAGUACUUGACAGGGGGCCUGAUCGAGCCCGACGCCCCGGGCCGCGUCUCCCUGGACGAGGCGCUGCAGAAGGGCACCAUUGACGCGCGGACUGCCCAGAAGCUGCGCGAUGUCAACACCUACUCCAAGUACCUCACCUGCCCCAAGACCAAGCUCAAGAUCUCCUACAAGGACGCCAUGGACCGGAGCAUGAUCGAGGAUGGGACCGGCCUGCGGCUGCUGGAGGCCUCCUCGCAGUCCAGCAAGGGCUACUACAGUCCCUACAACAUCAGCAGCGCCGGCUCCGCCUCCGGCUCGCGCUCGGGCUCUCGCACCGGCUCCCGCUCAGGCUCCCGGCGCGGCAGCUUCGACGCCACCGGCUCCGGCUUCUCCAUGACCUUCUCUUCCUCCUCCUACUCCUCCUCGAGUUUCGGGCGCAGAUACGCGGGGGGUACCCAGGGCACCGUGGAGGUGGCUGCCCUCGCCCUGGCCGCAUCCAGAAGCUGCGGGUGGGAGGCGAGCAGGGAGUGCCCCGGGGUGUGCGGGCCCCUCCCCCGCGCCCCAAAGGAGGAGACUGCCUUGGCCCCGUGGUGCACCCACCCUGCUGCAGCCGACGUGCCAGAGGAGGACGGUGCGGGCUCCUCGGCACUGGACAGCCAGGCACGCCACACCUGCCCUGAAGCUGCUGCCCGGACCCCUUCCACGCGCCCUCGGUGCGGCGAGGAGGGGGCUCUGCGCCCCGGCCCCCGAGCUGCCCCAUCUCCCAUCCUCGUCCUCCUGGCACGUCCCCACCACCACCACCACCACCACCACCACGCCGCGGAGCCGGUGGCCCGACCUCCCAACAAAGACCUCCCAGUGCCGCUGGGCGAGCUCCUGAGCUGGGUCUCCGACAUCAGCAGGUCGUGGAUGGGCUCGAGGGGAGCCCCGGAGGCGGCAGCAGCUGGGCCGUGCUCGCCGGCACAGUGUGGCUGGAUGUCCAUACCACAUCCCCUCAUCGCCGCCGUGGAGCCCGUCCCCCGCCCUGAGGCCGGUGGGACCGCGCCUGAGGACACAGGGACCUUCUCCCUCACCCUUUGCACUUGCCAGAGUCCCCAGCCAGAGACUGGGGCCACAGUGCCCGAGCAGCCAAUGGCCCAAGAAGCACCCACAGGGUCACCUGGCCCCCACUCGCCCCACACGCUCCCUCCUCCCCGGGGGUGGCCUCCCAGCGUGGUGUCGGGCUCACUGCGGAUCUCCAAAGCAUCUCCUCCUUCCCACCCGCUCUCAUCUGCCGCCUGUAAAUCCAGUCAUGUUACCCUCCGCCUCCGGUGUCAUUAUUGCUCUCAUUACCCCGUUUGGCUUUGCAUGAGGUGCCACUGCGCGCGGCUCCAGGACAGUCCCCGCUCCCGGGGCCCCCCACACCCCCACCGUCCCUCAUGGGGGCACUGGGGGUCCGUGGAUUACCCGAACACAUCUCUUCUUGGGGGCAAAACACUAAACUUGUACAUACGGCCGAGUGUCUGUGAAAGGAGCAGCGCGGAGCCAGGGCUCGCCUGCAAGGGCAGUAAAGGAGAAUCCUCUGAAAGCAGCCGGCAGCUCCGCGUGGUCUGUUCGCCCCUUGGCCUUGCCACCGUGCCCGUGGGCUCCUCCCGGCGCCUCCUGCAGCUUCGUGCCCUGGGCUCUGUGCGCUGCCGAGGUCGUGGUGAAGCGUGCCGGGGGCCCCGUGUCCGUUUGUCCCGGCUCUCACGUCCCCGGGUGCAGUGUCCGGUGCCCGAGCCGGUUCUGGGGCUGCUCCGGACCGAGCCCACAUCGCGCCAGGGCAGGCGGCGGCUGCGGGACCCUCACGGGCACCCAGCGGUGCAGCGCCCUGUGAGGGACACCGGGAUCGCUGGAGAGAGCGAGGAGGGGUCACCGUGGGACAGCGAGGGGACGGAGAGGGCCCGCCUGCGCUCCGAGCAGAGAUUGGAGCUGCAGGAGCAGCUGCUCGCCCUGCGGACGUGGCUGGACGCCCUGGAGAAGCGGCUGCUGGCACUGCCAGAGCCUGGCACCGCCCUGCAGGUGCCGGUGCCGGUGCCGAUGUGGUUGCUGGUGCUGGUACCGGUGCGGUUGGUGAUGCUAAUGUCGGUGCAGGUGCUGAGGCAGGUGCAGGGACAGCAGCAGGUGCCCGUGAGAGCACGGAGCUGGAGCAGAGCUGGUGUCGGUCCAGAUGCCGUGGUGGUGCCGGUGCCGGUCCAGGUGCCGCUGUUGGUGCCGGUGCUGAUGUCGGUGCAGGUGUCGGUGCCGGGGCCAGUGGUGGCCGCGGGCUGUCGCCCCCCCGGGCGGCGCGGGGCGGGCGGCCGGGAUUUGAGGCGGGGGCCCAUGGGGAACUCGGUGAGUCGGCCCAGCUGCCUGGGCGAGAAGAGCCGGCGGCCGGAGCAGCUCCUGCGGGAGCCGGGGCUGGACGCGGGGCAGCCCCCGGCCGAAAGCGUGGCCGAGGCGUGGCCGGGGCUGCUGGACAAGGCGCCGGUGCCGCUGGAGAACGGCUGGAGCCCGGGGCCCGGUGCCACGCACAGCCCGGUGCUGAGGCGCAGCCAGUCCGAGGUGGCCGUGCAGAACGGGGCUGCGGCCGGACUUGCCGUGAGGGCGCAGGUGGGGGGCGCAGCCUGGACCCCUCCCCGAGCCAGCGCUCCCCGCAGCGCCUGGUCCUGGAAACCUGUGACCACGCGCGAGGUGACGGAGGUGACGGAGGUGACCGAGACCAUCGUGACCGAGAUCGUGGAGGUGACCGAGUACCCGGCGGGUGAGAAGGGCGGCGAGCCCGUGGUCACCCGGACGGUCACCGUGCUGACGGAGUGCGUGGGGGAGCUCGCUGCUGCUGCUGCUGGACACGCGGACGCCGCUGAGGUGACCGACGGCCAGAGAGCCUCGCUGGGAGAGGAGGCAGCGGAGCGGGGCCAGGAGACGCUGGAGCGGCUGCUGGCCUGGGUGACCGACAUGGAGGAGCUGGUGAGCAACCAGAAGCCGCCGUCGGCCGAGGCCAAGGUGGUGAAGGCGCAGCUGGAGGAGCAGAAGCUCCUGAAGCGCCUGCUGGAGGAACGGAGGCCGCGAGUGGAGCUCGUCCUGCAGGACAGACUGACGGCACAGGGCGCUGGCGCCGAGGGCGGCGCCGGCCUCUGCAGCCUCGGGGAGAGGUGGGACAAGCUGAUGCAGGAGGCUGAAGCCAGGUACGGCUGCCUGGAGCGCAUCCUGCCCGCAGCCCAGCGCUUCCAGGGGGCCGUGGACGCCUUCCAGGAGUGGCUCGGUGCCACAGAGCGGCAGCUGGCCCAGCUGUGGCGCGCUGACGGCUGCGUGGGCCGCGUGCAGGAAGCCCACCAGCAGACCCAGGCACUGUGUGAGGAGAUCCGCGGGCGGCUGGCAGAGCUGGAUGGCGCCCUGGAGAGCGGGCAGCGGGUCCUGGAGAUGGUGACAGGGGAGGAGGCCCAGCUGACGCAGGAGAAGAUGGAGUCACUGAGGAUGCGGUACCUGAUCGUGGCCCAGAGCAGCGCUGACACCGCCCACCGCCUGGGCCAGACCCUGGAGGCCUCGUCUCGCCUGGGCACGGCCCCUGAGGACCUGGCACUGUGGCUGAGCCGCAUGGAGAAGGAACUGGGCGAGCUGGAGGGCCAGCAGGACGGCCAGGAGCCCUCAGUCACGGCCAGCGACAGGGAGAAGUUCGAGCAGGUCCUGCAGUCCCAGCUCGCCCGGGUGGCCGCGCUGGGCGAGCGGCUGGACGAGAUCGGCCGCGUGCAGCUCGAUGCCGAGGCUCUGGGCUCGCAGCUCUCCGAGCAGAAGCUGCUCUCGGCCGAGAUCCUGCACUGCCGGGGGCUGGUUGAGCGCCUGCUGGGCUUCUCGGAGCCGCUGCUGCGCUGCUGCCCCGAGCUCCGGCGGCUCCAGCCGUCGGUGCAGGCGCUGCGGGAGCGCACGGAGCAGCUGGCCCUGCGCAGCGGAGCCUGUGGCGUGCAGCUGGAGCGCGCCCAGUCCCUGCUGGCGCAGUUCUCCGAGGCGCUGGAGGAGCUGCUGCCCUGGCUGGAGGAGACGCAGGCCCUGGGGGUGCAGCUCUCGCCCAACGCCAUCAGCUACGAGGCCUUCAAGGAGCAGCAGGGGCUGCUGCAGAGCCUGCGCGAAGCCAUCGCCGAGCACCGGCCGCUGCUGGGGAAGCUGCAGCGAGUGUCGGGGCAGCUGCUGGAGCUGAGCCCCGAGCACGGGGCCGCCUUCCAGCGGCGCUGGCAGCAGCUGGACGAGCAGUACGGCCUCAUCCGGCAGCGGGUGCGCCAGGCAGCGGCUCUGCUGGAGGAUGCCCUGCCGCGCUACAGCCAGCUCUCGGAGCGCACGGAGGUGCUGCUGGAGUGCCUGGAGCGGCUGCAGGGCCGGCUGCAGUGCCAGCCCCCCGUCCGUGGGGACGCUGCCCACCUGAGGGAGCAGAUCCGGGACAACAGCCUGGCACUGGGCGAGCUGGAGAAGCUCGGGGUGGCCCUGGAGGGCAUCCGGGCACAGGGCGAGGAGCUGCUGGCCACCAUGCAGGGGGUCAGCUCCGAUGCUGCGGCCAGAGGGAUCCAGGAGCGCACGGCGCAGCUGCUGGCACAGUGGGGCUCCCUGCAGAGCCGCUGCCAGGAGCGGGAGCGCUGGCUCCGGGAGCUGCUGGCACUGGCAGAGCGCUUCUGGCACGGCCUGUCCGAGCUGGCCCUGGCACUCGGUGACACCCAGCAGCUCGUGCUGGGGCUGGAGGAGGCCGGGGGCGAGCCCGAGGCCAUCCGUACCCGGCUGAGAACCAUGCAGGCCCUGCGGGAGGACAUCGAUGCCCUGCAGGGCGAGCUGGACACGCUGGGCACGCUGGGCGUGGAGCUCAUGGCAUCGUGCGGGGACCCCGACAAGCCGGACGUCACCAAGAGCCUGGACGAUCUCUACUCGUCCUGGCACAGCCUGAGCCGGGCAUGGACGGAGCGGAACGGGCACCUGGAGGAGCAGCUGCAGGCGGCCCUCAGCUACCAGGACACCAUGCAGGUGGGCACCGGGCAGGUGGGCACCGUGCAGGUGGGCACCAUGCAGGUGGGCACCAUGCAGGUGGGCACCGGGCAGGUGGGCACCGGGCAGCGGCUGCUGGAGUGGCUGGACACGGCCGAGCUGCGCAUGGCAGAGGAAUUCCUGCUCGGGGGGGACCUGGACGUGGUGCAGCAGCAGCUGGCAGAGCUCAAGGAGUUCAAGCGGGAGCUGUACCAGUGCAAGGUGGACGUGGAGAGCCUGCGGCACCUGGGGGGCACCGGGCACCCCCCGGGCACGCUCAGCGACUUCCGGCAGCGCUGGGACCACCUGGAGGAGGAGAUCGUGAGCCGGCAGCACCAGCUGGAGGCGGCGCUGCUCGGGCUGGGGCAGUUCCAGCACGCGCUGCAGGAGCUGCUGCAGUGGCUGAGCUGCACCGGGGAGCAGCUGCAGAGCCCGGCACCAGUGCAGGGGGACCUGCAGGGCUGCGAGAUCGAGCUGGCCAAGCACAGGGUGCUCCGCACCGAUGUCCUGUCCCACGCCCGCACGGUGCAGUCGGUGACCGAGGCCGGGCAGGCGCUGCUGCUCUCCAGCCUGGGGGACGGCGAGGAGGGGCUGCAGAGGAGCCUGCGGGAACUGGGACAGCGCUGGGAGCUGGUGCUGGGCCAGACCGAGAGGCGGCAGCUGGAGCUGGAGAACAACCUGAGCCAGGAGCUGUGCCGGGAGCUGGAGGCUCGGGCCGUUCCGUACCGGGCGCUGCGGGAGCGGCUGCAGCUCCUGCUGGACUCGUGCGGCCCCGCCCGGCCCUGCAGCACCGAGCACAGCCUGCGGCUGCUGCAGCACAAAUGGGACAGCGUCCAGGCCGAGGCCCAGGAGAGGAAGGAGCGCCUGGCAGAGGGGCUGACGGUGAGCACCGAGUUCCACGGCUCGGCGCAGGAGCUGCUGCGGUGGGUGGCACACGCCGAGGAGCUGCUGGGGUCCCCCGAGCCCCCCAGCUUCGUCCUGGACACCGUCACUGCCCAGAUCCAGGAGCACAAGGCCCUGGUGAAGGAGGCCAAUGCCCACGGGGAGAUGCUGGCCAGCCUGGAGGCCGUGGCCGCGCGCCUCAAGGAUUUCAGUCGGAAGCAGGACGGGGCCGUGAUCCAGAACCUGGUGCUGGCGGCCCGGGAGCGCCUGGGCAAGGUCCUGCAGCGAGCGGCGGAGAGGGGAGCGCUGCUGGAGGAGGCCCGAAAACGCAGCAAGCAGCACAAGCUGGAGGAGAGCCUGCUGUUCUCGGGCAAGUUCACGGACGCGCUGCAGGCCCUCAUGGACUGGCUGUACCGAGCCGAGCCGCAGCUCUGCGAGGACGCGCCCGUGGCCGGCGACCGCGACCUGGUCGGGGACCUCAUGGACAAGCACAAGGUGUUCCAGAAGGAGCUGGGCAAACGCGCGAGCUGCAUCCGGACGCUGAAGCGCUCGGUGCGGGACCUGACGCGGGGCAGCAGCAGCUCGGACUCGCAGUGGCUGCUCGGGCAGGUGGAGGAGCUGAGCAACCGCUGGGACCUGGUCUGCAAAAUGUCCCUGGGAAAACAGGCCCGGCUGGAGGUGCUGAGCUGGGCACAGCAGCAGGGCGAGCGGCUCCGGGCUCAGGCGGCCGCGCUGGCGGCCGAGCGCGAGGAGAGCUCGCGGCUCCUGGAGUGGAUCCGCGCGGCCGAGGAGGCGCUGGGGCUGCGGGACCUGGAGCCGCUGCCGGAGGACGUGGAGCAGCUGGAGGAGCUCAGUGCGCAGCACGCGGUGUUCCUGGAGGAGCUGAACCGCAAACAGCCCGACGUGGACAAGGUGACCAAGAGCUGCAGGAGGAAACUCGCCGUGGGUCUGGGCCCCCCGGGCACUCGCCCGCUGGCCACACGUUCCCGCAGUGGGGGGAAGGCUCAGGGCUCGGUGCCCCUGGUGGGGCUGGAGCCCCAGACCCCGCUCAUGGCCGAGCUCCUGCAGCGCUGGCAGCAGCUCUGGCUGCUCGCCCUGGACCGCCAGUACCGGCUGGAGACGGCGCUGCAGCGCCUGCGGGAGUUCCCCACCAACGUCCUGGAGAUGAACGCCGUGGCCGCCAUCUUCGACACGAACGGCGACGGCUUCAUCGACUACUACGAGUUCGUGAGCGCCCUGCACCCCAACCGGGACCCCCUGCGCCGCUCGGCCGACGCCGACCGCAUCCAGGACGAGGUGAACAGGCAGGUGGCCCAGUGCAACUGCGCCAAGCGCUUCCAGGUGGAGCAGAUCAGCGCCAACAGGUACCGGAAUUUCAUGGAAAAUAAAUUCGGGGAGUCCCAGCAGCUGCGGAUGGUUCGGAUCCUGCGCAGCUCCCUCAUGGUGCGGGUGGGCGGGGGCUGGAUCGCCCUGGACGAGUUCCUGGUGAAGAACGACCCGUGCAGAGUGAAGGGCAGGACCAACCUGAAGAUCAACGAGAAGUACCUGUCCUCUGACGUCAUCGGAGCCGCCGCCAGGUGUGCCGGGCCCCAGCCGGGCCCCUCCCCCAGGGUUGUGUCCCCGAGCCGCUCCAGCUCCAGCCUGAGCCUGUCCAGCAGCGCCUCGGCCCCCAGCAGCCCCCUGGCCAGGAAGGCCGUGCUCCGCAGGACCCGCUCCGGGGAUCGCUGUCCCCCCUCUCGGGUCUCGGACGGAGCCGAGUUCGGUUCGGCCGAGGAGAACCUGGCAGGGGCAGCGCCAGGGGCGGGGAAGGGCCGGGGUUUAAACGCGCUCCGGUCCCGGGCAGGAAGCAGCGGCAGAGCCGUGGAGCUGCGGGCACCGCCAGGUGAGCCCGAGGUGCGAUUUCCGUGCCCAGAGUCCUGGGAGCCGAGCGAGGCGUGCAGAGGGAGGAUGGACACCCAGCCAGCAGUGAAUGGCCACGCUGUUCCCAGCUCUCCCGGGGAGGACAGGUCAGGCACGAAGCCCCAGUGCCAGGACGCGAUGCCGGGCAAGCAGCAAAGAGGAGCCGGCAGGGACGCGGGUGCCCCCGGGGAGCCCUCGGAGACGGCGGGCAGCAUCGCGGGCGUGUUCGUGGAGGCUUCCAAGAGGGUCAUGAGCUUUUAUGAGGCCACCCGGGAGCACCUGCUGAGCCUGGACUCGGCCCUGUGCCUCCUAGAGGCCCAGGCAGCCACGGGCUCCGUGUGUGACCCGCUGGGGAGCCGCCGUGUGCCCGUGGCAGAGGCCGUGAGGACGGGGCUGGUGGGGCUGGAGCUGAAGGAGAAGCUGCUCUCGGCAGAGAGAGCGGCCACCGGCUUCGUGGACCCCUACACGGAGGAGAAGAUCUGCCUGUACCAGGCCAUGCAGAAGGAGCUGCUGGGGAGGGAGCAGGGCCUCCGCCUGCUCCAGGCCCAGCUGGCAACCGGAGGCGUCGUGGAGCCGGCCAGCGGCCGCCGGCUCCCGGCAGCUGUGGCCUGUCAGAGGGGGUGUCUGGAUGAAGACACGAGCCAGCUCCUCUCCGACCCGGCCAGCGAGGAGAGCAGAGCGUUCCUGGACCCCAGCACCAUGGAGAAGGUCACUUACUCGGAGCUCAGGAAGAAAUGUGUCCUGGAGCCAGGCUCAGGCUUCCUCCUGCUGCCGCUCCAGAUCACGUUCCCGGGGCUGGGCGGGCGGGUGAGCAGCAGGGACCUGAUGGACUCCGGCAUCAUCAGCGCCGACGUGUUCCGAGGCCUCGAGGAGGGGACGAUCUCUGCCCAGGAGGUGGCAGAGAAUGAAAUCGUCCAGCACUUCCUGCGUGGCACCAGGAGCGUGGCCGGGGUCGUGCUGCCCUCCGGGGAGCAGAAGAGCCUUUACCAGGCGCUGAGGGAGCAUCUCCUGGUGCCUGGAGCUGCCCUCAUGCUCCUGCAAGUCCAGGCCUCCACGGGCAGCCUGGCCGACCCCCUCAAGAACCAAAGCUACUCCGUGGACGAGGCUGUCAGGGUGGGUCUCGUGGGGCCCGAGCUUUAUGAGAAACUGUCUUCAGCUGAGAAAGCCGUCACUGGCUACAGGGACCCCUCCACCGGGGAAAUGCUCUCCCUCUUCCAGGCCAUCAGCAAGGGCUUUGUUCCCAGGGAUCACGGCCUUUGCCUUCUGGAGGCUCAGGUGGCCACGGGCGGUGUCAUUGCCCCGGGCAAGCACCUCCGGGUGCCCAUGGAGACAGCCUGCGAGUGGGGGUACCUGGACGAGGCCACCAGGCAGCUCCUCUGCAGCCCCCCUGAUGACAUCAAGGGCUUCUUCCACCCUGGCUCCAAGGAGAAGCUGAGCUACGCUGAGCUGCUCCAGCGCUGCGUCACCGACCCCAGCACGGGGCUGCUGCUGCUGCCCCUCCCCGGGGACAGCCCUGAAGGGUCCCAGGGAACGCUCGGCUUCCUCGACCACAGCACCCAGGCAGCUCUGGAGAGCACCCAGGUGCCCAUUGCUGCAGGGAAAUUCAAGGGCAAGUCGGUGUCUCUCUGGAAACUUCUCUUCUCCGACUACAUGCAGGGUGAGCAGAGAGCUGAGCUCGCCCAGCGGCUCGUGGCGGGAAUGCUGUCCCUGCAGGGACUGGGAGAGGCCGUCAGAGCCACCGUGGAGGAAAAGGCCGCCACUGCUAACGUCACCUUCGAGGGCCUGAGGGACCAGGUGACGGCUGACCAGCUCCUGAGCUCGGAAAUCAUCAACAAAGACUUGUUCAAGAAGCUCAAGGAGGGAGAAACGUCGGCCAAAGAAGUCGUCAGCAUGGACACGGUCAGGAAGUACCUGCAGGGCACAGGGAGCAUCGGGGGGCUGCUGCUCCCCGACUCCCAGGAGAAGAUCAGCAUCUACCAGGCGAAGAGGAAGGGACUCCUGAGGCCAGGAACGUCUCUGAUCCUCCUGGAGGCCCAGGCUGCCACGGGCUUUGUCAUCGACCCAGCUGCCAACAAGAGAUAUUCCGUGGACGAGGCUUUGCGAGCAAACGUCAUCGGCCCCGACGUCUACGACAAGCUGCUGGCCGCGGAGAAAUCUGUCACUGGCUACAGGGAUCCGUACUCAGGGGGGAAGAUCUCCCUGUUCCAGGCCAUGCAGAAGGAGCUGAUCGUCAGGGACCACGGCAUCCGCCUGCUCGAGGCCCAGAUCGCCACGGGCGGCAUCAUCGACCCCGUCAACAGCCACCGCAUCCCCGUGGAGGUGGCCUACAAGCGGGGCUACUUCGACAAGAAGAUGAAUUUGAUCCUGUCCGACCCCAGCGACGACACCAAGGGCUUCUUCGACCCCAACACCCACGAGAACCUGACGUACCUGCAGCUGAAGGAGAAGUGCAUCACGGAGCCGCACACGGGGCUCUGCCUCCUGCCCCUGAACAGCAGGAAGAGGCAGUUCGUGGACGAGGCCACCAGGCAGGCGUUCAGGAGCUCCUGGCUGCCCGUCAGGUUCGGGCGCUUACGGGGGGAGAAGGUCUCCGUGUGGGACCUGCUGAACUCCGAGUACUUCAGCGAGGGGAGGCGCCGGGAGAUCUUCAACCACUUCCAGCUGAGGAAGCUCAGCCUGGAGCAAAUCCGGCUCAUGCUGGAGGAGGAGAUGAAGAAAUGGGCUCCCAUCAAGUUCCCGGCCAUGAGGGGCAACGUCAGCGCUUAUCACCUGAUGGAGACCGGCGUCAUCGACCGGGCCCUGUUCGAGCAGGUGCUGGAGGGAUCCGUCAGCCCAGAGCAGGUCCUGCACAUGGACUCUGUCAGGAAAUACCUCUACGGCUCGGGCAGCAUCGGGGGCAUCGUGCUGCAGCCCUCCAACCAGAGGAUGAGCAUUUACGAGGCCAUGAAGCAGAACAUCGUGGUGCCAGGAGUAGCCCUGCCCCUGCUGGAGGCCCAGGCUGCCACGGGCUUCAUUAUCGACCCCGUGAAGAACCAGAAGCUCCGCGUGGACGAGGCCGUCAAGGAGGGAGUCAUUGGGCCGGAUGUCCACGAGAAGCUGCAGCACGCCGAGGGAGCCGUGACGGGCUACAAAGACCCUUUCACGGGCAAGAAGAUCCCCCUCUUCCAGGCCAUGAAGAAGGGCCUGAUCGCCGACAAGCAGGCCAUGCAGCUCAUGGAGGUGCAGAUGGCCACGGGAGGCAUCAUUGACCCCACGUGUGGCCACUACAUCCCCCUCGAGUCGGCCCAGCAGCGGGGCUGCCUGGAUGAGGACACAAGCAAGGCCCUCUCCAAGCCCAGUGACGAGCACAGAGUCUUCUGCCUCCCGGAGAGCAAGGAGAGCGUGACCUAUGCCGAGCUCAUCCAGCGCUGCCAGAAGGACGACGCCUCCGGCUUCCACCUGCUGCCUCUGGCACAGGCGGCCGCUCCUGCCUACACCGAUGAACAAAUCCAGCGGAUUUUCAAGGAAACCAUGGUGAAGGAAAGGGGAGUGUCCCUCUGGGAGCUCGUGCACUCGGGGUAUUUCACCGAGGAGCAGAGGAGCGGCUUCACGGAGCGGUUCCGCUCGGAGGAGCUGUCGCUGGAGCAGCUGGUUGCUCUCGUGCUCAGGCUGGUGGAGGAGAUGGAGAUGAAAGCCAGGACCCAGAUCUCCCUGGAAGGCCUGAGGGGCAACGUCCCGGUGGUCUGGCUGCUGGACACGGGCAUCAUUUCCCAGAAGACGUUUGAGGAGCUGGCUCAGGGUGUGAGAACCCCCGAAGAAGUGGCCGCAAUGGAGAGCGUGCAGAGGUACUUGAAGGGCACAGGCAGCAUUGCUGGGGUCUUCAUAGAGGCAUCCAAACAGAAGAUGAGCUUCUACGAUGCCAUGAAAAACAAUCUGCUCCUGCCUGGGGCUGCUCUGAGGCUGCUGGAGGCUCAGGCAGCCACGGGAUACCUGACGGACCCUGCUACGAACCGGAGGCUGAGCGUGAGGGACGCGGUGAGAGCGGCUCUUGUUGGAGAAGAACUUAGCGAGAAACUCCUCCUGGCUGAGAGGGCUGUCACGGGCUACACCGACCCCUACACCGGGAGCCCCAUCUCCCUGUGCCAAGCGCUCAGGAAGGAGCUCGUCCCCCUGGCAGAGGCCGUGCCCUUGCUGGAGGCCCAGCUGGCCACGGGAGGGGUGGUGGAUCCCAUCCACCACCUGCACCUGCCGCUCCAGGCUGCCUGCAGGUAUGGCUUCUACGACGAGGAGCUGAACCAAGCCCUGUCCCAGCUGGAUGACAGCACCCAGAUCUUCUUUGACCCCAACACCAAGGAGAACGUGACCUACCAGCAGCUGAAGGAGCGCUGCGUCCGUGAGGCCGAGUCGGGUCUGUGGCUGCUGCCUCUGUCUGAAAACGCCAUGUUCUGUGUGGAUGAGGAGACCAUGAAGGUGCUGAAAUCUGUGACCGUUUGUGUCAACGUGGGGCGGUUCAAAGGGCAGACCGUGUCUGUCUGGGACCUCCUCAACUCCGAAUACUUCUCGGAGAGCAAGAGAAGAGAGCUGGUGCAGAAGUACAAAGAGGAGAAGGCUGAAGUGCUGCAGGAAAUCACAACAGUGAUCACCACAAUCAUCCAGGAGACCGAGGCACAAGGCAAGAAGUUUGCAUUCAAGGGCCUGCGGAAAAGAGUGUCCGCCAGUGACCUCUUCCAGUCCCAGCUGAUAGACAAGAAAACCCUCGAUGAGCUCAACCAGGGGAAGAAAACCGUCAAGGAAGUGACUGAAAUGGAAUCUGUCCGCAGGUACCUGGAGGGCAGCAAUUUCAUAGCAGGGGUCCUCAUCCAGCCAAGCAAUGAGAAGAUGAGCAUCUACCAGGCCAUGUGGAAGGGCAUCCUGAGGCCAGGCACCGCCCUGGUGCUGCUGGAGGCGCAGGCGGCCACCGGCUUCAUCAUCGACCCUGAGAAAAACAAGAAAUUUUCAGUGGAGGAAGCGUUAGAGGUGGGGCUGAUCGGAGGGGAGAUUUUUGAGAAGCUGCUCUCGGCCGAGAGAGCCGUGACGGGCUACACCGACCCCUACACCAAAGCCCCGAUGUCCCUGUUCGAAGCCAUGAACCAAGGGCUGAUCGUGAAGAGCCACGGCAUCCGCCUGCUCGAGGCCCAGAUCGCCACGGGCGGCAUCAUCGACCCCGUGCACAGCCACCGUGUCCCCGUGGAGGUGGCCUACAAGCGGGGCUACUUCAACCAGGAGAUGAACCAGAUCCUGUCCGACCCCAGCGACGACACCAAGGGCUUCUUCGACCCCAACACCCACGAGAACCUGACGUACCUGCAGCUGCUGCGCCGCUGCGUNCAAGACCCAGAGACGGGGUUGUACAUGCUGCAAGUGGUAAAGGAGGGAGGGAAGUACUUCUACAUCGAUGAGUCCACCAAGCAGGCUCUGCGCUCAAAGCCCCUCCAGGUGAGAGUGGGGAAGUUUAAGGACCAAACGGUUUCUGUCUGGGAAGUGCUCUGCUCUCACUACAUCUCAGAGCAGAAAAGGAAAGAGCUGGUGAUGCAGUACAAAAGCAAAACCCUAAAGCUGGAAGACCUGAUAUCGCUCAUCUUACAAAUCAUCGAGGACGCCGAGCGAAGAGGAGAAGCCCUCAAGGUCAAAGGGCUGCGGGGGGACGUGUCGGUGUCAGAACUCUUCAACUCUGAGAUAAUUGACAAGAAAACUCUGGACCAGCUGCAAGAUGGGACUCUCACACUUGCCAGCCUCACGAAGAGGGAAACCAUCCAAAGGUACCUGGACGGCACUGGGUGCAUCGCCGGGGUUCUCCUCCCGCUGAGGAAAGAGCUGAUGAGCAUCUACCAGGCGCUGAGGAAAGGGCUCCUCACAGAGCAGUGUGCUCUGGGGCUGCUGGAGGCACAGGCGGCCACCGGCUUCCUCCUGGACCCCCGGAACCACCAGAAGCUCUCGGUGGACGAGGCCGUCGCGUCCGGGCUGGUGGGCAGCGAGCUGCGCGAGCCGCUGCUGUUGGCAGAGAAAGCCGUGACGGGAUACACAGACCCCCAAACAGGAAAUAAAAUAUCUCUCUUCCAGGCUGUGAGGCAGAAGAUCAUAGCCAGGGACAAGGGCAUCCGCCUGCUCGAGGCCCAGCUCGCCACCGGCGGCAUCAUCGACCCCGAGCACGGCCACCGCCUGCCCGUGGAGGUGGCCUACAAGCGUGGGCACCUGGACGACGACACCUUCCUGCUGCUCUCGGACCCAGACCACGGCAGCAAAGGCUUUGUAGAUCCCAACACCCACGAGAAGAUCAGCUACAGGCAGCUCCUGCAGAGGUGUGCCAAGGACACGGAGAGCGGCUUGUACCUGCUGCAGGUCCUGGAGAAGGACGGCGACUAUUUCUACAUCGACGAGCAAACAAAAAACGCCCUGCUGUGCACAAAGGUCCAGGUGCCUGUGGGAAAAUACAAGGGACAGGUGUUAUCCCUGUGGGAACUGCUCUGCUCCGAGUACAUCACGGAGGAGAAAAGAAAAGAACUGGUGAAAAAAUACAAGCUGGAGUCCCAGCACAUUGUGCAAGGAAUCAUUGAGACGAUACUGAAGAUCAUUAGAGAAAAGGAAGAGGACAGAAGCGAUGUCUGGUUCCAGGGAAUCCGACAGCAAAUUACAGCGUCAGAACUGCUCAGUGCAAAAAUAAUUACAGAGGAAACCAUAGAAAAACUCCAGAAAGGAAAAGAGACAGCCCAAGACAUAGCACAACUGGACAGUGUGAGGAGGUACCUGGAGGGAACGGGAAGCAUCGGCUUCUUCGACCCCAACACCCACGAGAACCUGACGUACCUGCAGCUGCUGCGCCGCUGCGUGCCCGACCCCGACACCGGCCUUUAUUUCCUUAAUAUUGCUCGAAAAUAA